UUGUUUUCUCUAGAUUCUUACCAGAAACAUAUAAAUCAGAUAUUAGAACUGCUGUUUCUGGGGUGGCAGAAGAGUACAGUAGAAGAAGAGAAAAGAAUCGGCGAAAAUGGUGGCUCGAAAAUUCAUCGUUGAACACGGCGGCUCCGCCUUCGACCUCGAAUAUGACACAGAUGAUGGCUUUGAAGUGUUGCAGUACCAGCUCUUCUCUCUGACCUCCAUUCCUCCUGAUCAACAAAAGAUAUUGGGAGGUGACGAAAAUCGCAUGUUACUGGAUGAUUCUGAUCUCAACUUGAUUUCUGAAAAGUUACGGGUGGUGUUAAUUGAUGAGGAUGAAAAAGCCAAAGAAAUGGAAACAACUACAGCUGAUCUCAUGACAUCCGAUGAAGAAUUAGCUCGAAUACUGCAGGCAGAAGAAGAAGCAUUGAUGAUGCAACAGUUUGUAACAAGUGAAAAUAGAGAGCAAGUUGAGCAGAGGAUUCGACCUUAUGUUGAUCAAGUCUUAAUGUACGAAGAUCCACAUCGACAGGAGGCAGCUCGAAAGACAGUACCGGUGGAAAAGCUUGAGGAAAAAGCAAUGGUGGCAUUGGCUAGGGAGGGAAAUCUCAAACCAGCGAAAGAUGAACUUGAUCAUGCAUUCCUGUUGCAAUUGCUUCUCUGGUUUAAGCAGUCAUUCAGGUGGGUGAAUGCACCUCCUUGUGAUAGUUGCAAUAAUGACACAAUCAAUCAGGGCAUGGGAGUUGCAAAUCAUUCAGAAUCACUUUAUGGGGCAUCUCGCGUUGAACUUUACUGCUGCAAGUCAUGCUCAAAUGUAACCCGCUUCCCUAGAUACAAUGACCCACUGAAGCUUCUGGAAACAAGAAAGGGCCGCUGUGGGGAGUGGGCUAAUUGCUUCACACUAUACUGUCGAGCUUUUGGCUAUGAAUCUCGGUUGAUCUUGGACUUCACGGAUCAUGUUUGGACAGAGUGCUUCUCACCAUAUCUGGGAAGAUGGAUGCAUCUUGAUCCUUGUGAAGGAAUACAUGAUAAUCCCCUCCUGUAUGAGAAAGGCUGGAAAAAAAAUUUGGACUAUGUAAUUGCUGUAUCUAGAGAUGGAGUUUGUGAUGUCACUAAACGUUACACAAGAAAGUGGCAUGAGGUUUUGUCUAGACGAGUCAUAACUACUGAGCCUGCCUUGGCGAGUAUACUUUCUGAUAUCACAAGAGAAUGUCGUAAAAACUUCGUCUCUGAGAUGCUCUUAAAGCUUGAUGAACGAGACAAGAGUGAGGUGGAAGAGCUUGAGAGGAACUUGUUUUCUAGAGAUGAUGCUGCAAUCUCACUUCCUGGAAGACAAAGUGGGAAUAAAGAAUGGCGCAUAUCAAGAUCAGAAUUUGGUUCUGACAACCAUUGUUCUAUAAGUUCUUCAUCUUGUCCAGUUCGCAGAUGUGUAGAUGAGCAUGUAACAAAAAUAUAUGAUGCAUUUUUUCCUGUCAUUAAUCAAUUUGUUGAGCAAACAUAUGAUAAAUAUAGAGCAACAGAAGUUCUUGAGAACUUCAAGAGGAUUUUGAUCAGUCUAAGGAAUUCUCCUUUCAAAACUAGGAGAACUACCAUAAAUGCUGUGUCAACUGAUUUGUUGUCCAGUAAGAUGCUUCCCGCUUUUGGACAACUGUUUGAUGCCCUCUCGUUAAAGACUGAGAUUGGCGUUGAUGGGACAACUGAUAUAUGCCUAGCUUCAGACCCUGUAAAAACGUCCUUGGCACUCCCUGUUGUCUUUCAUGCGCUUGAUGACUUGAUCCAUAAUCUGAACAAGUGUGAGAAGUUGAACAAAGAAACUCCAUCUUGGCCACUUCUGAAGUUAAAUAGAAUAUGUUGUGGUUUUGUGCUUGGAAGCGGCGAGGAGCUUCCUUUUGGAAUAGUCACGUCUGCUUUCGAUGGAACUCGGAUGUCAAAGUGGGAAGAACCAAAUGGUGCUACAGGAUGUUGGAUCAUUUAUAAGGUGUCUGAUAACCGGAUGUAUGAGCUAGUUUCUUAUGAAUUAAUGUCAGCCAAUGAUGCUCCAGAGAGAGAUCCAAUAGACUGGAUCAUUGAAGGAAGUGAAGAUGGAGGCUCCAGUUGGCGUAUUUUGGAUAAGCAAACUUCUCAGAAAUUUGACAAACGCUUCCAGCGAAAAACAUUUGCAGUCAAGUCUCCAUCAUUUUUGGCCAAUGCGUUCAGGUAGCAUCGACCUUUAUGCCAAGACAGAUGGUCUCCAAGUAUGAACUACAGCUUAUUGCUUUUCCAUCAGAAACCAAAGAAUUCCAAGGAACCAAAUUUCCUGCUUGGCAUGCUUGUUUCGUUGGUGUCUGUAUUGCAGCCUUAAACACAAUUUUAUUUCCAGUAGUUCUCUGCUCGAGGAAACAAUUUAUUCCCUACGGGGUGCAUUUCCAUGAGGUGGAGGAUGCUGGUGGUUUUAGUUUAACCACCAACUCGUUCAGGAACUUGUUUGUGGCUGACUCGGAUAUCGAUGUCCACCUCAUUCUCACUGCUAUUGCUUGUUUGUAUUCUCUACCUGUACAAGGGAAGAGUAGAAAGAUUUAAAACAGUGUUGUGAUGUUGCCAAUAGAUUCUGCAGUUUGCAGUUGUGGACUUGUAUGUAGAUUGCUGCACUUUGAACCUUCUGAGUGAUAUAUAAUUUACAAGAUCUUUGAUCAUUUG